AUGGGAAUUAUACAACAAACUAAAUAUCUCGUUCUGAAAAAUUUCCACAUCAAAAAACGGAACAAGCGGGAAACUUUGCAAGAGAUACUCAUCCCAAUUUGGUGGAUUGUGCUGUUAGUGAUCAUAAGAAGAACCAUCCCGACGGAGCUAAAACCAGCUGUAGGAGAAAAUGAAAUACCCACAGCGAACAUUUCCAGCAUGGGACUGGCUGGAUCGCCGGGAAAUGCGAGCUCCAAGCCAAAUAUCGGCUACGUUACCAACAAUCUCGCAAGUGCCGGUCCGGUUAUGGAGAUAGUUAGGAACGCCUCGAAGGACGGUGCGAAUUAUCUUGAGUUUAACAGCACAGACAGUUUGCUAGCCUUUUACAAGGAGCACACCAACCUUCUUGUGGGGAUCGAAUUCGAAAAAGGUAAAGAGAAAGGACUUGCUUACACACUUCGCGUCCCGGCAGGACUCCCUUCACCAAAGAACAAACUUGUCGGUGAGUGCAGCUACAUACAUGUAUAUGCUCGAAUGCAUUAUUUUCAUUGAUUAUCUACGAGAUCAACCGCUUAUAUUAGGAGCGGAAUAUUUUAAGAGGUGUGGUUCUAAAACCAGUAUGACAGGGUGACAUUUGUAUUCAAAUCUAAACUCCAUGACCUGAAACAUUGACCCACUACCUGAAAUGUGAACUAGUCAGCGCAGCAGGUGGAACUAUCAGGCAGAAUGUUGCUUUCUUGUUCGUUCGAAAUUAACCUGUAUUGUUGAAUAAGCAAUUUUACAUCGAUAUUUUGAUUUCAAAUUUCCCUUUUCUCCAAACCUCUUAAGUAAAGAAUCAAGGACGUGAAAAUUUCACAUCGUAUACCCUCUUUAGAGGCCAUGGCCCUGUAAACGAUUGGUUGUUUGGUAUCUCAUACCCAUCCAGACUAGGAAAAGAUAGUAUCCUCCCCCCCUGAAAUGUUCCUACUUCAAGCAUACAUCUCAUGAGAUUAUUUUGACAUGAUUGGGUGAAAAAUUGUGUCAGCCUAAAUUAAUAUGUGGGGUGGGUGGGGUAGGAUAUCAUUCUUGUGUCGAGCGUUGUGACUUGAAAAUGUAUUAGCAUAAAUAUUCAAUUUUUUUACUAUUUUCCUUCUUUUAGGUCUAGGUGAAUGUCAUGAUGUCCACAGUUUGUUUUCGGGCGGCUGCCCUGCUAAUUCUUAUAUUGUAAUGAAAAUAGCAACCCUGCAAACAAUAAUUGAUGCUGCUAUUACAAAGGUAAUUGUUGGUGAUAUAUAAUUUUUCCUUGGACGGACCCAGGAAUAAGUGAGGGGAGGAGGGGUUUCCGAAAAAGGAGGCAUACCUCUGCCAAGGUCAGGAGGCAUGCCCCUGCCAAGAAUGUUGAGUGAAAGGUCUUGAAAAAAGUUAUUUCCAGUGUUUUAAGGGAUAAUUGUUAAAAAAAAACAAACAAACAAACAAACAAUGAAUUGCACGUUUUAGAUGAUUUUCAGUUCAGUGUCAGGGGUUCAACCAAACUACCUGGAUCACCUCUGGAUCUGCCUUAGUGUUUUUUUUAUACAUAGCUUGUAUUUCAGUUUACUUAAAGUUGUCAAUAAUCUUUCAGCAUUGUGUGGGAAAAUGGGAUGGUAAGCAGACUGAUUAUAGAAUAUAAAAAUCACUUGUGUUUUUUUUCAUAAUGCAAUACUUGUCUAAUUUAAGUAUCAGCCAUACAUAGUGAGUAAAGAAAAGAACUUCAGGAAGGUAUACAAGGUUAUUUUCAGACAAAUUUUAAUUUUAAUCCUCUGACUUGUGAUUUGCUUUAAGUAUUGGAAGUGAUUCGAUUGAUGAUAUUUUUCUUGUCAAAGGUUGAGGUGAAUUUAUCUCACUACAAUGUCCCAGACAUCCAGGCAAAGAUGAUGCCAAAGGGAUCUUACAAGCAACCUGUAGGAGGGUUUGCCAUCACUAUUUUGAUAUACAUGGUCAUGGCCUUUGCACCUUACAUCACUGUACUGCUUGUCAAUUUAGUGCAAGAGAAGGAACUUAAACUGAAGGAGUUGUUGAGGAUCAUGGGUACUUCUGAUAUCGCAUACUGGUUGUCAUGGAUUAUUACAUAUGCAGUAAUCAUGCUAGUAGCUGUCCUCAUUUUGAAUGCAAUCACAAUACUGGGAAACAUAUUUUCCAAUAGCAACUAUAUUGUUAUAGUCAUCAUCUGCUACCUGUAUGGCUUAAGCAUCAUCACAAUGUCUUUCAUGUUUACACCAUUCUUCAAAAGUGCCAAGAGUGCUGGCCUUUUUGCAUCUCUGGUGACAACAAUUCUUGCUACCAUUGCCAUACCCUUGGUCCUUGUUGAAGUGUCUAAUGUGGUGAAGUGGUUAUUAUCACUCUUUUCACCAACAGCAUUUGCUCUUGCCUUGUAUGAGGUAGGUUGAUGUUAUUUUCUUUCUUAUUCAUUACACCAUUAUUUGCAAAUUCAAUGCAUUUAAAGAACUAUAAGGCUGUUAAAACUCAUACGUAGAAUAGACAUUCAUUUGUCUCAAAUUGAAGAAGUAAGUAUAGAUGAAUGAAGAUAUUGGUUUGUCCACAGUUCCUUGAAAAAUUGUUCCAUAUUAAAAUUUUAGGCUGUUGAAGGGGAAGGUCUGAACUUUGACAACUGGUCCACUAAAGGGAGUUUUCCAUCCAUGUAUCCCACUCUGAUGCUGCUGGUGGACACUGUUUUGUAUCUUUUGUUGGCUCUGUACUUUGAUGCAGUGAUUCCUGGUGAGUAUGGUCAGCAUAGGCCCCCCUACUUCAUUUUUACACCAUCCUUUUGGAAAAGUAUCUGUAGCAAGAAGGAGCAACAGAAAGCACCUUCCAGACAGCUUUCUGCAAGAGUGGAGGAGGCAUCUGAAGAUAUUGAGGCCAUGCCAGCAGACUUACAGGGGAGUGAGGUUAUAAGGUAUUACAAACAAGUGUAAUUAUUGUAACAGUGCUUGAAUGAGAUAGAGAAAAACUGUCACUUGUGUUUAUGUGCCAAAUGAAUUUUACUUUGUGACUGUAUUCUGUUUCUGUAUUUUUCUUCCAGCAUUCACAAAUUGAGGAAAGUUUACCAUGGGAAAGAAGAGGUUGUUGCAGUUGAUGGUAAGAGCUAUUAAACUAAUCAUCAGUCAGUUAGUCAGUGAGUUGUCAGUCUGUCAGUCAGUCAGUGAGGCAUCAGUCAGUCAGUUACCAGUCAGUCAGUCAGUCACCAGUCAGUCAGUCAAUCAGCAGUCAGUAAGUCACCAGUCACCAGUCACCAGUCAGUCAGUUAGUUAAUAACCAGCCAAUCACUAGUCAGUCAUCAGUCAGUCAGUUAGUCAGUCACCAGUCAGCCAGUCAGUCAGUCACCAGUCAGUAAGUCAGUCAGUCAGUAGUCAGUCAGUCAGUCAGUCAGUCAGUCAGUCAUGAGAUGGUCAGUCAGCUAAGCAGGACAGGAAGUAGUCAUGUAGAUAGACAGUUAUCAGUCGAUCAUUCAAGAAUCAGAUUGUUAUUUAACACAGUCAGUCAGUCAGUCCAUCUGUCAGUAAGGCAAGUGAAUAUGAGAUGUGCCAAAUGUCAGUCAUAUAAAUACAUAAAUAGACAAGCAUUAGGUCAGUCACUUUUUGGUCAGCCAGUCAGCUGUUCACUCAUAUAGUUAUAGUCAGUCAGUUUUGAAAGCAUGUAAACUUCUAACAAAUGCAGUUCUCCCUUUUAAAUGGAACAGACAGAACUUUCUUCUAUCUUUGAAGAUUAACUCCUCAGGUUGAGACUCCUUAAUGAAAACUUUUGUGUCUCACCUAAAGGGGUCAGCAUGGAUAUAUAUGAAGGUCACGUGACUGCGCUGUUGGGUCACAAUGGAGCAGGUAAAACAACUCUGAUAGCCAUGAUGACUGGAAUGGUUCCUGCUACUGAGGGUUAUGCCACUGUCUACGGAAAGGACAUCACCGACCCCAAUCAGAUGCAGGAAAUAAGAAAAGGCAUUGGUGAGAAUGCAAAUUAAGUGUAUUUUUCCCUCUCUGACAACCAGUUCUCAUUGAUAACCCAGAUCAGUAUCAAUAUCUGACCAACUGCCCACCUACCCCUGCCCUAACCAAACAUCAAUGAACUACAUGAUAACAACUAAGGGUUAAUGUGGAAUUAGGGGAAGGGUAGAUGAGCAGCUUCUUAGAUACCAACAUCAAUGCAAUCACCCUACCUAGUGUGAAAUUUACUACAUUUUCUUUGUCAGUAAUCUUGGUUUUGACCAUGUCUUAUCAGUGUGGUGUUUAAUGAUCCUUUAGAUAUAACUAAUUUUCAUCUUGUUUGCUUUUGUUUUAUGCAAGGUGUAUGUCAGCAGCAGAAUGUACUCUUUGACUUUGUGACAGUGAAAGAACAUUUAGAGUUCUACUCUGGCCUGAAAGAAGUGCCAGUGGAGCAGAGAGGUGACAUGGUAAAGUUGCUAGUUGCAUAUAAUAAAUCUCUGUUGCAUGUGAAAAUCUUUGCCACUUGUAUAAAUUAGUGAUAAGUUAUUACAUGAUCUAUGAUGUUACCUCAGGUCUUUUCUUUAGAAUGGCACCUGCAACUGCCACAGGCCAGUUUUGGAGUAAUGACGCUUUUCAGAUACCCUCACACAUGUGAUUCUUCGUGAUACUGCCAAAAUAGUGGUUCGUGUAUUCUACAGAGAAAUUAAAUUGCUUCCUUUGAAAAGAAUAGAGAGAGAAAUUAUAGGAAACCCUAAUUUUCUAUGAGAAAUCGAUGAUUUGCCUUAUUUGAAUCACCUCUGGCUGUAGAUGAAAAGCCAUGAUUUCUUUCAAUCUGUGUACCUGCAAAUCAUGUAAAGUGAUGAAUUUUAAAGAUGCAGAGUGCAAUGCAGGGAAAUGAUAUCAAGUAACUUGCACUUUUUUCAAGGUGAGUUCAUUGUUGAAGGAAAUUGACUUGGCAGACCAAAGGGACACUUUGUCAAAAGAUUUGAGUGGAGGCCAGAAGAGGAAAUUAAGUGUUGGCAUAGCACUCAUUGGAGAUCCAAAGGUAUACACCUGUACGUAUUUGUUAACUUGUAAGUGUUAUGAGAAGAUGGAAACCCAAUGUCAUUUCUAUAACCUAACCCCUGUUGACCUUUCCAGAAGACAAAUAUCAAAAUUUCAAUUCUCUUUACUGUCUGCCUUAUAUUCCUGAUCAUUCUAGUCCUGUGUUUUUAGUGUUAAAUCAAACCAUACGCCUACAAUAGCUGAUAUUUUUCUGUCUUCUCAUCACCCUUCUUCUUGGAAAUGUAGUGAUGUGGUUUCAAGAAAUUUCGUUUCCAUCUCUCCUUGAAGUGAAUUAAAGGUCAACCCUUUGAUCCAUGAAAUAUUGCCUUUCUAUCAGGCAGGACGUUAGUCCAGGGGCCCAUUUCUCAUAGGUAAUUAAAAGCUGUUCUGGUUUUCUUUAAGAUGGGGGUUUCAAAAGUUUUUAAAAUUAUACAAUAAUACUAUCAGCUAAAGAAACAAACUGGACUGGUUGGGAUGCCAGAACCUGCUUCUCUAACCUUAAAAUUUUUAUUUCAAAUACAUGUAUGGCUUCUGGCACCGUUUAGUUACAGAGACUUUUGAGAAACGGGCCUCAGAACAGAGAAUCCUUCCUUUUAAGUAUUUUGCUAAGUGACUGUGGGACAGUGUUUAACCCCCACAUAGAGAAAGGCGAUUUCAGAGUUACCAAUAGUGUCAUAUCCAACAGGCUUCAACUCAGUGACCCUUGUGGGUCCAGGCUUGAAAUCAGAGUUCUUGGCCAGGACUCAAGUGUACUUGUGUAAGCAACUUUGUCGACUCAAAUAUCAUAUUUGAUAUUUAUUGUGUACACAAUUGAAAGGUGGUCAUCUUAGAUGAACCCACAAGUGGAAUGGAUCCAUAUUCAAGAAGACUCAUGUGGUCCUUGUUGAAAGAGAAGUGUAAGAACCGAGUGGUUCUCCUUACAACGCAUUUUAUGGAUGAGGCUGACAUUUUAGCUGGUAAAUAAAUUAUUUAAUUAUAAACUGAUAUCUGACUGUAACAAGCUAAGUAACUGUUCCUUUUGGUUUGUAUCUCUGCUUUGAUUGGCUCUUAAUUCGUCACUUUUUUCACAGAACACUCAUUCAUAAAGCCCUCCCUCUUUUUCAUAUGGUUCUCUGAUCAAAAAUUGUUUAAAAUGUGGGGAAAAAAAUUGUGCAGGAAUUUGAACUCAUAUAUGGUCCAUUAGUUAUCUCGCGAGAACUGUUAAGUACUUUGCUAAUUUGGCUAUCUUUCAAUAUUUGCGGCCACUCGUGGCUCCAAGAGUCUUGCAUACAAAUUGAGUAGACGUCUACGUCAUCUUAACUAUUUUUUGAGAUACGGGCAAUAUUUAUGUCAAAGCUUUGCCCAAUCUCCUUCUGUACGGCAACUAUUUAUGUCAGUUUUGUUUAAAAUGUGGGGAAAAAAAAUGCGCAGGAAUUUUUAUAUCAGGAUCGAAUAAUUAUUCAAAUGCUGAAUAAAUUAAUAUAUGUUUCUAUACUCCCAGAUUACAAGGCUAUUUUAUCUAAAGGAAAACUGCGCUGUGCAGGAAGCUCGCUUUUUCUCAAGAAUCGCUUUGGAAUUGGAUAUCAUUUGAAGUUAGUAUUGGCCAGAAGUUUAAAUGUUACCAUAGUUUCUUUCAGUCUGGAGUUUCUUGACCCUUUUGCUCCCAAGAUCUCAUUUUCAGUAAUUCUCCUCACUGUCUGCAAUUUUUGUUUUGGAGAAUUUGGUAAAUUCUUCCUUAAGUGAUAUUUCUCUUUAUUCUCAUCACUUGUUUGCUUGAUAUUGUAUUGACAUUGUAAGGAGAAAUUCUGUCUUGGUCACUCUUGGGAGUUAAAGGGCUAAUUCAAGUUGGAAUUGGUCUUUCAUAUUUUCCUGCACUUAAAGUGGUUUGCUAGUUUCUAUUUUGAGUUCUCUUUGACUCCAGAUAUAUUUUUCCAAUUGGCUGUUGUGAUUACUUUUACUCACUGGUUUUAAUUUUAUGACAAUUGCAAAGCACUCUCUUUCUUUGAGUAACAAUAUUUUUUCCCUUCAGUAUGGCUCUAGCUGAGAAUUGUAAUACUCAGCCAUUAAUUGAGCUUGUUCAAAGCAAAGUAGAAGGUGCAGAAGCUAUCCGUCACCAUGGCAAAGAAAUGUCAUUUGCUCUUCCUAUGGAACAAGUAUCAUGUUUUCCAGGUAAAAUUAAUGAAUUACUGCCUGUUACAAAUGGCCGAUUUCAAGUUACUUUCAAUUGGUGGUAUUUUUCUUGUAAUAUAAAAAUAAUGACUAAGCCUAACUCGGCUGUGAAUUAAUUUUCUUCCCAUAUUUACCCUGAGAUGAACCCAUUGUUUUAAUCCUUUACACCCUAACAUCAAUAUGCAUAUUCUCCACACUGUUUUCCAUACUUUUUCUAAGGUGCUGAUAAGGAGUAUUUGUUUAACAGUCAAGACCUUCUUUAGUUUAUGAUCAUUUCCUUUGUUCUCAAAACUUUCAUGUGUUUUUGGUGUUGAUAUUACAAGGAGAAUUUAGAUGCUAGUCACUCUUUGCGGUGAAAGGGUUUACAGACACUUCUAUUAGGCAUGCAAUUAUCAACACCAAAAUUGAUCACUGCCAGUAAUUGUUAUUAGAAACCUGUCUGUCUGAUUGCAUAAUCUGGUCAUCUGAGUGAAGGUAGCUUAAACAAGAAUUGUUGUGGAUAUAUUGGUGAAUAACAUUUUGACAACCUUAGCAGAAGUCAUCAUCAGAAUCAAGUGAAAAGGUGUUUCAAUAGUGUUUUAAGAGCGGUCUGUGUAGACUGAUUGGUCAGUUUAGCUCUGAUGUAAUUGGCUGUAAUACUCAAGUGGUAUUAACUUGUCAUGAACACCCUUAGGGGUGUCUGCAUAUGAAAGAUGUUUCCCUGAUGACACCUUUUCCUAUUGAUAUGUUAUCACUCAAUUUUCACAUGCAUUCCAGAUCUGCUCAAGGCACUUGAGGACAACAAUGACAGUUCGGAAGGCUGUGCUGCCCCUUUAUUAGGUGUGACAAGUUAUGGUGUUUCCAUGACAACUCUAGAAGAAGUAUUUCUUCAAUUAGAAGACACCUCUGAAGAGAGUGAAAAAUCAACAGAUGAUGCACAAGAAUCAGUAAGAAAUCCUUGCAUUUAAAAUUGGAAACUAAUACUGUAACGGUGGGGCAGGGCAUGCUUGUAUGGUUGACUAGCUUUCCAGAGUCUUUAUUCUUUUAUGUCUUCCCCACGGUAAUGUGCUUUAAAAACUGAAUUUCACUGAAUGUUUGACCUUUUUUGCGCUACUGUGACUGAAAAUUGCCUUCCUUUACCUUAGAGUAACCCAUUCUAAUGUCCUUUCUAUUCUGUCUUUUUAUGAAAGUUCGAUCAAAGUAGAGCAAAUCUGUUGGCACCUUCAGAUGCAGUCAACAUUGAAGAUGGAGGUAGUAGGAUUUCUGGAUCCUUCAAUGCUUUACAUAACACAGGAGUGGAACUGAAUAAUACAGAACUGAUGGCUGAUUCACAGAAAUUAGUCUGGAAGGCAAAACAACAAGUCUUAGGAUUACUGUGGGUAUGUUACUUGUCAACACAAACUAGAGCAGAUUUUCUUUUUUCUGGAUUUGCAUUAAUACUAUGGUUGAACUUAAAGAGCUUUACUUUUCUGUUUCUUUCCAGAUUCGCUGGUUAAUGUCAAUCCGUUCACCAGCCAAGAUAUUUUUCCAAAUUAUUAUUCCACCAAUUCUCAUGAUAUCUGGUCUUUUAAUUUUACGUGGAGCCAAGAAUGACAGCCAAUCAGCAACUGGUUUGGAGCCUCUCAAACUGACACCUGAGAUGUAUCUGAAACCUGGAAGUAAAGAGAGUUACGCCUCCUUUGCUCUUCUCCAGAACUCAACCAAAGAAACUAUAGACCAUGUUAUGAAGUACCUGAGUGAUUAUAAUGUUGGCACCAUGUUGGUGUCUUCUAUAAGUAGCAUAUUGAGCAAGUCAUCACAUGAUCUGUACAAUUUGGGAUUUAACAUUCUCAAGUUUCCUGCAGACAAUUUGUCACCAUCCAGCGUAAGUAAAUUAAAGCAUUUCAGCCAGAGCAUUUGACCCACAUUUUCAAGAUAAUAGGCCAUAUCCAAGUUCCAAGGGCACUCGCUACAAAAAUGAAACUUGCUGUGAAACCCCUAUUCAUUUGUAAAAUUUAAUUUUAUCUGCAUGAGAAUGUAAAUUGAUUCCUACAUCAUGCACUGUGCCUCAUUUUGAAACAGAGGCUUGGGGCAUCUCAGAAAUGGCCCAUUCAUUAGAAAAAGGCUCUGGAAUUUAUAUCUGAAUAAAAAGAACCUAAUUAGUAUGCGUUAAUUCCUAUUACUUAACCUUUUAACCCCAGAUUAAUAUUCAUACUCUCCCACUUUUCUCUUUAAAUUUACUAUGGUACUGACAAUGAGGUUUUGUUUGACAAUGAGAAACUUCUUAAAUUGGUGAUUAUUUCCUUUAGUCCCAUGACCUUUGCAUUUGAUUCAAGGGUAAUACUGUAGAGAGAAAUUAGAAGCCAGUCAUUCUUUGAGGUUAAAGAGUCAUCAAGAAAGUUUUUGUCAGUGUGUCACUCACAUUGCCUAGCACUGCCUUUCAGGAUAUUUCAUCAAGCUUUGAGAUGCGUUACAACGACACAGCUGUACAUAGUGUACCUGUUGGCAUCAACAUUUUGGGAUCUAUCCUGCACAUGAAUGCUCUAAAAAGUCAAAACAAAACGCCUUAUCCACUGGAGUCAACCAUUCUUGCCUUCCCUGACCUCAAACCUCAGUGGACUUAUGACAACACAGCAUUUGUGUCAAUCCUUCUCAUUGGGAUGGCUCUCGCUAUUAUUCCAGGUAGCUUUGGAAUUUUGGUUGUAGCAGAACGGCAGGUGAGAACAAAGGAAUGGAUAUUAACUAAAAGGUUUCUGUGUUUGUGUAUGGGUCUUCAUGAUAAAACUGUUUUUGGAUGAUUGUUGCCACACAAAACUGACAGAGAUUAUUUCAUCAGCCAAUCAGAAAAAGGAUAGAUAUCACAAGGAUUCAUUAGAUUUUAAAGUAAAUCCUUCAACACCAGUGUGAAUCAUAGGAAAAUUCAGCAAACAGUUGGAAAGUUAGUAUUACAAGUUAUUUUAGUUUUGCAUUUGAUUAUUUCAAAAGGCAACAACAAUAUUCUAGACCGGUCAUAGAAAAUAGUAAACUGCAAAACCAAUGUCAUUCCAAGUUGCUUUUAUUUGCUUUCUGUGGAAAAUUCUGGUAAUCAUCUGUGGUGUAGUUAAUAGUUAAUACACUAAAGGUUAAAUAAAUUUGAGGAAAAAAGAAAAUUUUACAACACAGAGAGUUUGAAAAGAUUUCAAUUCAAUAAUAGGCCUAUUGUCACCUUUUAAUUAUCAUAAUGACACCUACAGUGUUUAUAAAUAAAUGUUACUUCUGUCUUGCAGAUGAAGAUGCGCCAUUUACUGAGGGUGUCUGGAGUAUCAUCCUUUGUGUAUUGGCUGGAGCUUCUUAUCUCUGAUGGUAUUGUAGUCUUAAUUCCAGUGAUACUGAUGUUGAUACUUAUACCAGCCUUUCAGCUGCCUUCACUGUCUCCUCCCCCUGCUAUGGGCUGCUUAGUGAUUGCAGCCCUCCUGUACAUACCUGCUGGGAUACUGUUCUCGUACCUCAUGUCCUUUAUGUUCAAUGCAUGGGAUGUCUCCCAGCAAGUUUUGCCAAAUGUGUUCACCUUUGUAAGUAUGAUGAUAAUCAAUGGUUGUUUAUUGUUAAGCCCCAUUCAAAAAUGGCUACGACAGUCGAUCAUGGUCGAUCAUGGUUUCAACUUUUUUUCACUAUCAUUGACUGUCAUGUUUGCAUUCCAAAUGGUGCAUUAUAGUUGAUAGUGGUUGAGAAAAUCAUGCAAUGAGAUUGCAUAAUUAUAAACAGGUAUUAUAAUAGCGCACACUAAGGUCAGCAAUUUUGGUGGCAUUUGAAAUUUGGUCCAGAGGUAGUAAGUUGAAGAUACCUAUAAAGCCUACCAGGUGAUGAAUAGAAUGAGUUACGAGCCGCAAAAUUUUGAUGGCUUCUUUAGUCAUUUUACCAUUUACCAUUUUGGUUUGAGCUGGCUUUUGGCAAAACUGUCAACCAAAAAAUUAUUAUUCACUAUCAUCAGCUGGUUCAAACAGCUAAAACUAUCAGCAACUAUCAUGUCGAAUUUGAACAUGUCCAAACUAAAUGGAAGUUAAUGAUAGCUGAUGAUAGUGCAUGAUAGUGUAUGUUCAAACAUGCACAAUAGUUUAUUUUAAACUAUCAUCAACUAUCAUGACUGUUUCAUCAGGGCUAACAAAGGUGGCUUUGCAAGGUGGCACAAUGGAACAAAUCAUGUGUUCAGUUUAUCUACACAAGCUCAUUUUGGCAAUGGGGGUAUGUGCUCCCUUGCUUGCUGUCUUGUUAGCUCAGGUUGUAGAAUGCCCAACUGCCAUGUUCCAGCCCCAGGUUACCGAGUAGGUUACAUACCUCCCACCUCCUAAUGUUGUGGUCUGGCUUUGAUUCUGAAAUCAGGGGUUUCUGCAAAAAUUUUCUUCACACAUUGUAAACCAACUGAUCAAUGCAGUUUGGUCAAAGUACCCUGCAAAAUGUGGCUAUAGAAAUCCUUCAUUACAACUAAAUAUUAUUAUUCUUAUUACAUACACUUAAUGAAAGCAGUAGCAAAAGAAGUCUAUGGAGGCUUAGUUGUUUUCACUCAUGUCUGAAAUUGUUGCAGUUUUUAGUAUGAAAUACUAAAAAGUUUUGUCAUAUAAGAACACAGGUGUGACACAUAAGAAAGUGCACACCAUAUUAAGUGGCAUCUAUCCACUGAGUGUAGUUGCCCCUCUGAAUUUGGUGGUGGCUUUUUUUUUUUCGUUGUUGUUCCAUAGUAAUGUUUCUUUUUAUUUAUUUAUUUUCUCUAGACUGCAAUAAUUCCAUUCUUGACUGUAUCACUUGUGGAUAUGACAGCAAGCCGAGAUACUGCUAUUGUUCUUCAUUACGUGUUUGUGUUCCUGUUGCCUCCAUAUCCAGUAUUUGGAGCUUUGUAUUACAUUGACAGUGUGAGUAUAAAUACAAAUCUUUCACAAAUGUACAAAGAGAUUUUCAGCCACAAUUUUAUCUGAUCUCUAGUAAGCUUGAUGAAAUUUGGGUAUGAUGUUUGCUUUUCCUGUAUUCCCUCAAUGGAUGAUGUAGAGGCCUUAUGGUCAGUGCACUGGACUCCUGCUCAACAGGUCUAGGUUUGAGACCUGAAUGGGUCAUUGUGUUGUGUUAUUGUGAAAAACACUAACACUAACUUUCAUAGUAUCUCUCUCCACCCAGAAGUAUAAAUGGGUAUCGGCAAAUUGUCAGGGAAGGGCUAAUGAGAUGCUGGUGGUGGGGGGUAACCUUGUGAUGGACUGGCCUCUCAUCCAGAGGGGAGUAGUAAUACUCCUAGUAGCCUCAUUAUAAGGAAACCCAGAUUGGGCUGCAUGAGCUGCUUGGCUUACGUGCAGACUCAUCAUUCUCUCUGUUAUUCUACCUUUGAAAUGAAGACUCACUUGGUAAAAUAUGUCCUUUACAUUUCUCUUUUAAUCACUAUGUUUUUCAGGUGUACAGGUAUGAGUCAAUUUUAGCAGCAUUUAGAGCUGGUGGUCAAUCUGUUGAUGUAGAAGUCACUGCAAGCAACUACUUUAAGUGGACCAAAUACAACGGCAUCCCAGCUGCAUUGAUUGCUGUACGUGUUCACUUAAGUGGUUCACCACUGAGCCAUGUUAUUCCUACACUCUGAGUAUCAUAAUUACCAGAUAUGCUUCAGUGUAUUUAAAUACUGUGCUGUGGCCAUUGCUCAACUGCAUUAUAUUACUGCUACAGUACUGUGCUUUUAUGUCAGGAGGGUUCCUGUUUAUGUUUAAUAUUAAAAAGAUGCAUUGAGGGGGGAAGGGUGGGGGCAUAUUUGUUUCCUGGGCAUUCUGAUCAGUUGCUGUUUUGUGUAGAAGUAGGGGGGGGUUAUGGGGAUUGUUAGAAAAUCAUAGAAAAUAAAAAUGGGAUUCAAUGUCCCUCUUCUAAAUUCCCGCCCAGCUGUAAUGAAUAUACUGCAUUUACAGAAUGCAUUUCUUUGGUUUAAAAAACUACAACCUUCAAAAUGGAAAGUGAGACAAGCCCUCAAUUACAUGUUAAGCACUAUUUGAACUGAACACAACUCAGCCUAAAUGUUUGAUAAUAAUUUACUUACAAUUAAAACAAUUUCCAGUCAGCUGCAUGGGGGGGGGAGACAAUUUCAGUUUGGAGUAUUUGUGUGGAGGGACUCAAAGCUCUAAACAGGGGCCAAGUCAAAGAGGGAUGGCAUAAUAUUGGAAUUCAGUUGUAUGCAUCUGACAUGAAGUUUUGAUCAUCAUGUCUUUGCAUUGAUGUCUCUUCUGUUUUGUCAUUUCUCAGCCUGUUUUUCAUACUAUCCUGUUUUCUGGGCUGAUCUAUCUCUUGGACCAACAUAAAACUGGUGGUGCUGUGAGUUGCAAGUGUUCCAAAAGGUAAUGAAGUGUACUAAUUAAUUUAUGAUAGUAGAUAAGCAGUAAAAAUGUGUAAUUUUAGCCCUUUACACCCUGACAUCAGUAUGCAUAUUCUCCAUACUGUCCUCCGUACUUUUCCAAAGAGGCUGACAAGGAGAAUUUUUUUUGCAAUCAAGAAUUACUUUAGUUGGUGAUCAUCUUCUCUAUUCUCAUGACUUUCAUGUUUGAUUCAGGGUGAUAUAGUGAGGAGAAAUUAGAUGCUAGUCAUUCUUAGGGGCUAAAGGAUUAGCGAGACGUAUGCUCCUUAACAAAAGAAUCCAGCUUGGACCAAAACUCAGAAUCCAAUUAUUAGAUACCUUAACCCUUUAACUCCAAGAUCAAAUUUGUCAUUCUCCUUACUGUCAACCAUACAGUUCUUACAGUGUUAGUUCAGAGAAUUUAGUAUUGGAUCAACUAAUUAUCCCCAAAUUAAUAUUUUUCUUCAUUCUCAUCACUUAUCUGGCUGAUGUUGUAUUGUUACUGUAAGGAGAAAUUCUGUCUUGGUCACUCAUGGGAGUUAAAGGGUUAAGGUUCCUUUAUAAAUGCAUUUUAUUGACCUUUGCCAAGUUAAUGCUCUCUUGUCCCCUCCCUUUCCUUUUCUUGUUUGUUGUGGAGUGCUUUAGUCAGAGUCCUAUUGCUUCUUUAGCAUGACUGACAAGAACAAUGUGCACGUAGACCGAAGUUUCAGUUUCAUGCAACAGGGAAGUAAGCAAUCAUUGGAUGAAACCGAUGAGGAUGUUAGGAGGGAAAAAGAAAAAGUCUCAAACAUGGUUUCCAUAGAAGAUUCUACCUUUUCUGCAAUAGUAAAGGUGAGAAAGAGGAAGUUUUCUUAGGGAAUGUUGUGUACUUUGUACUUUGUACUUUGUACUUUGUACUUUGUACUUUGAUCUUUUCAAAAAGUUCAUCCUUUUAUGUAUGACUGUAAUAGCAAAUCAGCCAGUCAGAGUUAUCCUGCUUACCAUAAAGCUGCAUUUUUAGACUGGUGAGGUAUUUUUACAGCCUAUUCGGCAAUUUUACCCUUUAACUCCCAGAGGUGAAUAACAGUGAUGUAACUUCUCCAUAAAUUAUCCAGCCAGCAGGUAAUGAGAAUACUCAUACUUAUCAGGUAGAACUUGUUAUCUUGAUCUAACACCAAAUCCUCAUUACUAAUUUUUGAGGAAAUGUACAUGUUACAGCAAGAGAGGAGAAUCAACAAUCAGUUCUUGAGCGUUAGAGCAUUUAACGAUUGUAAUCUUUCAUUAAUGUUAUUGGCUUAAUGUGAGACUCCAAGACAAUCAGUCAGGUUUGAUCUGUCAUUUAAGAUUGCUGAGAGCUUCUUUUCAAAGCCUCCCCCUUAUCUGAACAAUAUUACACAGCUAAGAAUUGAUAAGAGUAAUUUAGUAUUAUUAACUGAAUUGAUAACGUAAAUUGGCCACUGUAAAGAGUUUGAAAUAUGACAUUUUGAGCAUAUAAGCCCUUCGUCAGAGCAAAUGAAGAAGGCAAACACUCAGAAGGUCAGGUUUCAAAGUCCUUAUGGUGGCCAAUUGACAUUGUCAACUCAGUUGAUAAUACUUAAUUACCCUGUUAUACUCUCCCACCGAAGCACCACCACAGUUUCUUUAGAAACUUACCCCCUUCAAGAAUUGAUAGAUUUGCACUCAAUUAUUGAUAGUAUUACUUUUAUUGACAUAGUUAAAGCUUUUAGUAUUAUUUGCAUUUGCUUAGGGACUAUGGAAGAGAUUUGGCUCAGGAAAGAAGGCUAAAACAGUUGUCAAAGACCUGUACUUUGGUGUUGAGCAAGGAGAGGUUUUCGGACUUCUUGGUCCAAAUGGAGCUGGCAAGACAACCUCCCUUAACAUGGUCACAGCAGACAUUCCACCAACAAGAGGAAAGGUAAAUAAAUAUAAGCUACUCAAUCUGUGAUAUCCUGAUGCAAAUCUUAACCCUUUACUCCCUAACAUCAGUUUUUGUAUUCUGCAUACUACUCCCUAUACAUUCCCUAAGGUUCUGACAAGGAGAAUUUGUUCAACAAUCAAGAGCUUCUUUAGUUGGUGAUCAUCUUCUUUAUUCUCAUGACCUUAAUUUUUGAUUCAAGGGUGAUAUUGUAAGGAGAAAUUAGAUGCUAGUCACUCUUAGGGGUUAAAGGGUUAAAGCAAAUGAGGUUUUACUUUGACCUCUUCUUGACUCUUUGUAAUAACCCUCACAACUUACUGUGUGAUUACUUUUGCUCUGGUUUUACAAUAUGUUGUGGUCCCUGUAAGUGUUUAAAAAUUUUGCUCCUUCAUAUUAAACACUCAGAUUCUGUUUUGUCCUUCUUUGUCCCAGGUCUAUGUAGCAGGUUAUGAUGUCAGAAAACAAUCCCAUGAGGCAUUUCAACACAUGGGAUUUUGCCCACAGGAAGAUGCACUCUGGCCAAUGAUAACAUUGCAAGAGCACCUUGAGGCUUUUGCCAGGAUACGUGGUGUGCCUUGGGGAGAGGUCAAACGGGUCGUUGAGCAGUGAGUUCAUUUUUCUGACAGAUGAUAAGCUCUGGCAAACCUUAAUUCAUGACUUAUAAGAGAGCAACAUUUCUCUUUCCUAAGCUAUUGGUUAAUUUUAAGGUAACCACCGUUCUUCCAAUCAGGGCCAUAAUAGCAAGAAUAAUUUUUUUGCAUAUUCAAUAGGAGUGCUUUCUCAUGAAUGACUGAAUCAUUGUGUCUGUCUCAUGCCUGGUGCCUGGUAUGUCUGCUUUUAGCCAGUUUGCAAUGGAGUGAAAGUUGUUACAUUGUUUGUAAGGAACCAAAACCAGAGCUAGAUUUUUGCAAUUUUUGCAUUUUUGCAAGAAACUUGGUUAUAAAUCUAUCUGAUAACUGAACUGGCCUCAGGCAAACAAGAAUGUUAUGUGUGUGUGUGUUGGGAUGGUGGUGGAUAUAGAUACCUGAGUCUAAAAUCAAAAGUUUGUUAGGCUUAUUCAUUCCUUAGCUAAUUCUGAAAGUGCUUUUUGUAUCUUCACUUGGUUCUUUUCCUCUAUUGAUCUAAAAAAUAUUUUUGUCUAUUUUAGUUAUUUGUCUGCUUUGAGGAUUACUGAGCAUGCUAAAAAGAGGACUCAAGAUCUUUCAGGAGGAACAAAACGAAAGGUCACUGUUUUUUAUAAAAUAAUGUAUGUCAGACCAAUUUUUGUUCAGGUGCGUCCUUAAUUAAGUGGUAGUUUUUCAGUUAUUCCUCUAAUGUGGUGUAAUGUACUGUUGCUCUUAGGAGACUAUGUAUUGGGUACUUCUUGUUAUAAUGCUGGUUGACUGCAAGUGAGAAAGAUGAAGCAAAUCCUCUCUUCUCUGCUCAAUGGAUAGCAAGAAACAAAGCCCAUCAGAUCACACAUUUUUGUAGAAUGAUAGUCAAUUUAUACCAAUGCUUUAUAUCUCUUGUUCUCAAAGGUCAGUUUUGCCAUGGCAAUGCUGGGGGAUCCACAGCUGUUGCUGCUUGACGAACCUUCCACAGGCAUGGACCCUUCUGCCAGACGUUUCUUAUGGUAAGAAGUUGACUGAACUGUAUUAUAUCCUUCAUGUUUAAUCCUUUAACCCCUAAGAGUGACCAGCAUCUAAUUUCUCCUGACAAUAUCACCCCUGAGUCAAACAUUAGGGUCACAAGAAAAAAGGAAAUGAUCAUUAACUAAUAUACAAAAUUCUCCUUGUCAACACAGUAAGAAAUAUGUAGAGAAAAGUGUGUAGAAUAUGCCUACUGAUGUCAGUGGGCAAAGGGUUAAUCCUUUACGACCUAACAUCAAUAUGGAUAUUCUCCAUACAGUACAGUACAUUUCUUAAUGUACUGACAUGAAACUUUGUUUAAAAAUUAUAGCAAGAACUUCUUUAGCUGGUGAUCAUUUCUUUUCUUCUUGUGACCUUUACCCUUUAACUCCCAGGAUCUGAUUGUUAAUUCUUCCAUCUAGCUGCUACACAUUUCCUUGUAAAUUAGUUGCAAGAAUUUGGUGUUAGAUCAAGAUAACAACUCCUACCUGAUACAUUUGAGUAUUCUCAUUACCUGUUUGCUGGAUAGUGGGUGGAUAUUGUAGGGAGAAGUUACAUGUGAAUCACUUCUGGGAUUUAAAGGGUUAAUGUGUGAUUCAGGAGUGAUAUUAAAAGGAGAAAUUAUUUGGUAGUCAUGUGUUUAUUUUCUUACGACAAACCAUUUGCUGCUCUUGCUAUAACUUCUGUUGUUUUAAUUGUGACACACCACUUUCUGGCAACAUCUAAUUUUUGCCCUCAUCUCACAGAAAUUGUUAUAACUCUUAGUGCAAACGUUAACUUGUCUUUCACGGCUUUGGACAUCUCUGUGUGACCUCAUCACCACUAUUAAACAAACUCACAUAUAAAUGUUCAAAGUUAGGCAGUUUGCUGUAUCAAAGUUGCUGCUUGUUUUCCUGUCUCAUUAUCAGGAACACCAUUAGCAGGAAUGUCCAUGGAAACAGAGGAGCGGUUCUAACAACACAUUCCAUGGAGGAGGCUGAUGCUUUGUGUUCACGAAUUGGUAUUAUGGUUAAAGGCCAACUCAAGUAAGUUAUAUUUCAAACAAAUGUCUUUUCUUUUUUAUAAGGAAGAGUUGUUGUCCCCUUAACCUUUUUUUCUUGAAUAAUAGGUCAUUUACAGUUGUGUACUUAGUUGCCAAGCCUUUGAUCUAGAGUGAGGCUGAAGGCAACCUUGUUGUGAUAGAGACCAGUAUCUAGUUAGCAUAAUAACAAAGUAAUUUACAUUUGAAAAGCAGCAAGGUUUGUAUCAUAACAAGGUCAACCUUAACCUCAUUCCUGGUUAAAGGCUUAGGAACCAAACAUGCAACUGUAGAAUAGACAAUAACUCAACUUCUUGUGUUUUCAGGUGUCUUGGUUCAACACAACAUCUAAAGAGUAUUUAUGGUAGUGGUUACACCUUGGAAUUAAAACUGAAGCAAAGCCACACCUCGGGUCCAUGCCCAGAAGGUUCAAUGGAGCAGUUACACAACUAUGUCAUUGAGCUGCUUCCAGGUGCAACCCAGUCUGAAGUGUUUGGUGGAAGAGUGAUAUACAAGGUCCCAAAGGAAGGUGUUGGGGCACUAUCAGUCAUCUUUACUAAGCUUGAAAAAGGUAUGGUGUAUAUCUUUGAGGAUUGAUUGGGCCUGAUAGCAUUCAUCAACUUUGCUAAAAUGGAAGGUGGGUGCCUGGAAUAUCAAGAGCCUUCCACUGUGGCAAGACAGCCCCAGAUUAAAUAUGGCUGCAAAAUUCCCUCAACCCAGCAAUAAGCCCCUUUCCCAGGCCCCUUUCAAUAUUAAUUAGAUCUGAGUGGAAGAAAAAUCUAGGAAGGGGGAGAUUGUGGCAGGUGGGGGAGGGGAAGACUCUCGAAAACAACCAUUACAAAUGUGCUUACAACUGCUGAGGAACAAACGCUACAAAACUGCUUAACCUGUAGAGACUAAAAUCUAAUUUCUCCCUGAAAUAUUACCCCUGAAUCUUACACAGAAAUAUCACCAACUAAAGGAGCUCUUGAUUAGUUAACAAAUUCUCUUUGUUAGCAUCUUACAAAAUGUAUAGAGAACAGUAUGGAGAAUAUGUGUACUGAUGUUCAGUUGUAAAGGGCCAAGAACUCAAACAUGCCGGCUGUGACAGAGUUGCAACAUUCCUUUUGAGCCUGCACCAAAAACACUGACUGACUACAAGUCUUUUUGUUUAGUAAAAUGAGCAGUAUUGUGCAAAAAUCCUGAAUCAAAUUGGACAGGAUUUGGUAGUAUUCUUUUUCCAUGACAUUUUAAGCUGUGCUACAGAAGAGUUCCAGUCAAGAAGCUUUUGGUAGAUUGGUAGAACCUCAUGAUUAUGCCAGCACAGUUGUAACUUAAUGUGUUUGUUCCAAAGCGCUUGACAGGGUUAAGGAGAACAACAAUAUUAAAGCAGUGUUUUAAGUACAACUUGAUAGCAUAUUCAUUCACUGAUUCAGCUGUAUGGUUUUUUUUAGGUAAGGAAGAAAUUGGGAUAGAGGAGUACAGUUUCAGUCAGUCUACACUGGAACAGGUAUGAAAUUUUUCUUGCUCCUUUGUGGUCAACAAAUUGUAGCAAAUUUUAGUUGAGAGUUGAAUACAAUCGGGGAUUGGUUUUAUUUUCCUUUACUCUGCCCUCAGCCUCUACGCAUGGUCUGGGAAACUUGCACUACCUUCCCAACCAAUCAGUUGCAACCAAUCAGUUGCACUAAUAGUGCCAGACCCCCAGCUAACCUCCCCAACUUAUCUUAAAUCUUCCUGUGGGCAGAGAAUCCCAAAUGAGGGCCUACUUGUAAGCCAACCACAACUGAACUGAUAGAUUUUUGCCAGCUGCUAUUUAAAUCUCAGUGAAAUCAGUAUUUUACUUACUUAUUUUUAUUAUCUGUUUGCUUUUAUUUGAAAAAAUGGUAUCACCACUUGCCUCUUCAUUCAAAAUAAAAACAAUGCAUCACUUUUCAACCCUGCUUCAUAUUGUGUUAUAUGACACUUGUUUCAAGAGGCCAUUUUACAGUUGUGUACUUAGUUGCCAAGCCUUUGAUUUGGAGUGAGGCUGAAGGUGACCUUGAUGUGUUAGAGACCAGUAUCCAGGUAGCAUGAUAACAAAAUAAUUUGCAUUUGAAAAGCAGCAAGGUUUGUAUCAUAACAAGGUCACCCUUAGCCUCACUCCUGUUCAAAGGCUUGACAACCAAGCACACAACUGUAAAAUGGGCUUUUGUUAACUGACUGAUCAAACUGCUCAACUACAAUGAUAUCCUCAGGUUUUUCUGGAGUUUGCAAAAGAACAAGAUGAUGACAGGACUGGAGCCAAAGAUAACAAAGAAGAGAUUGUAUACGUACAUAAUGGUGGAUCUCACCCAGCAGUGUAA